GUCGCGCUCAGUCGGAGCAGCCGGGAGCCAGGAGCUGGCUGAGAGUGACAGCCAUGGAGUCCGCCUGCUACCUCCAGCCCCACCCCCUCCUCCCCCUGGGAGACCCCGAACUAUACCGAGCCUCCGCCAGGACCCCCAAACCGGAGCCCCCCCGGGCCGGGACCGGACAGCCAGCACCGGCACCGAGUAAAAUCAUCACCGAACCCGGUACCGGCCGGGCUUACAGCAAGGGCAGACUGCUGGGCAAGGGGGGGUUUGCACGCUGUUACGAAAUGACGGAAUUAUCAACUAAUAAAAUGUAUGCUGUCAAAGUCAUCCCCCACAGUCGAGUCUCAAAGCCUCACCAACGUGAGAAGAUUGUGAAUGAAAUCGAACUUCACCGGGAGUUGCACCACAAACACGUCGUCAAAUUCUCGCAUCACUUUGAAGACGCAGAGAAUAUCUACAUAUUUCUUGAGAUUUGCAGCAGGAAAUCUCUCGCACACAUCUGGAAGGCGCGCCACACUCUUCUUGAGCCUGAAGUGCGCUAUUAUCUGAAACAGAUUAUUUCUGGCUUGAAAUAUUUGCACCUCAGGGGUAUCCUUCACCGGGAUCUCAAGCUAGGGAAUUUCUUCAUAAACGAGCGCAUGGAGCUGAAAAUCGGAGAUUUUGGUCUGGCAGCACGACUGGAGCCUCUUGAACAGAGAAAGAAAACAAUAUGUGGGACCCCCAAUUACCUAGCCCCAGAAGUUCUCUAUAGACAGGGCCACGGUCCGGAAUCUGAUGUGUGGUCUCUCGGAUGUGUCAUGUACACCUUGCUGUGUGGAACACCGCCUUUUGAGACCUCUGACCUGAAGGAAACUUACCGCUGUAUUAAGCAAGUGAAAUACACUCUGCCCGCCUGUCUGUCCUCUGCCGCCAGGCACCUUAUAGUGGGUAUCCUCAAACGUAGCCCAUCAGAGCGACUUACACUGGACCAGAUUCUAGAACACGAAUUCUUCUCAAAGGGCUACACGCCAGACAAACUUCCACACAGCAGCUGUGUGAUGGCACCUGAUCUGCACCCACCGAAUCCAGCCAAGAGUCUCUUCACUAAAGUUGCCAAGAGCUUGUUUGGCAAAAGCAGAUCAAAAACAAAGAAAGCCCCCUCUGAGGAGAAGGAGGACAUUUCUAAACUGGUCACAGGGCUGGUAAAAACUUCAAUCUGUCGUCAGCUGAGUUACAAAACUGUGGAUGGCAAUGAGGCUGUUCCGGUAACAAACACUGCACUCACUGGAAGCUCCAGCCCCGUUGAGGCUUUGACUGAAGAGGCUUCUGGGAAAUCAGUCUCUCGCUCUAUUCGUGGGAGUCUGGUUAGCAGCAGUGAUGCUUUUGAAGACUGCGUCACUGCAUCUGGAGUUAUGGAAUCUGCGCUGGAGGUCCUUAAAGAUUGCCUCUCCUCCAUGCCUGCAGCUGAAGGAAAGCCGAACUGUCUGUCCAGACAUGAUCCCUUUGUGUGGGUCAGCAAAUGGGUGGAUUAUUCAAACAAGUAUGGAUUUGGAUAUCAGCUCUCCAAUCGCAGUAUCGGUGUUCUCUUCAACAAUGGGACUCACAUGAUCCUCCCGGCGAGUCGAAGGAAUGUUCACUACAAUCUGACAAACAGUCGCCACUUUGUGUUCCCGAUCGCCGCUGUGCCGGAGCAGCUACAAGGCCAGAUGAGCAUCUUGCAGUAUUUUGCCAGCUACAUGGAGAAAAACCUUAUGAAGGGAGGAGACCUGCCUUGUCAAGAUGAAGGGACUCUACCUCUUCUAUUACUCCUUCAAUGGGUGAAAACGGAGCAUGCCCUUCUCAUGCUGUUCAGUAAUGGGACUCUACAGGUAAAUUUCUACAAUGACCACACAAAGCUUAUUCUCAGCAAAACUCAGGACUCUUACCUGCUUACUUACAUCAACAGAGAGCGGAACUCUCAGACCUUCCCCCUGAACUCAUUGGUGGACACCGGAUGCAGUAUGGACAUGCUCCACCGACUGAAAUACACAGUCAAACUCCUACAGCAAAAAGCAGAGUGCUAGGCUAGCCACCUCUCCUUGCGCUCCUUCAUUCUGGCUCCAUACUAUGCUCGGACACUAAAAGGUGGCCUGGAUUUAAUUGUGCCUCACUGGGCACUGUCCAGGACAGUCCACUGGGCCACCACACCCAUUCCCCUGAAUUGAACAGGUUCCACCAAAAAGAAACUAAAAGGAUUGAGACUGUCUGCCUUAUGGAGUUCUCAGCUGGAGAUGUUAAGCCUGCAGUAUCGAUUCCCUAGAGUGUGGAAUCUUUUGGGAUUGCUCAGAUCUAGGAUUUAAUUCAGUGGGCCAGUGAAUUUCGAUGCAAAAUUUCAUUCUGUUGAGUCUUUCCUUGACCACUACUGAAUCACCUGCCUUCCAGUUGAUUUUGUUCCAUUUCCUUGCAAUCACUUGUCUGUGAAGGUCUAAAUGACACAACGUCACAUUGUCCUAUGUACUGUGCUGUUUCUUGCCAAACGUGUUGCCGCAGGAUAUGGUGCUUCCAGAUUGAUUUUAGGUUGAGAUAUAAAAGCUAUAUCUGGGGCCAGUAGAUAUUCUCCUUGAAUGUUAAAGCUGCUUAAUGUAAAGCUAAAUAGGUUCAUUUCCUAAAACAUUAAGUGGCUUCCAAAAUGUCAGAUUUCAUUCAGUUGCCUCUCCCAAAACUGAUCCUUGUACCAAGUGUGUUAAUUGGCAGCCCAGCCCCCCUCCGCCCACCCAUCACAGAGCACUAGCUUAACUUCUCACAAAAGCAGCAGGUGCCACAAGCUGCCCAGUCACAUACCAGAUCCUAGUAGGCACGUCUUCAGUGAUGUCUGCCCGCUGAUUGAAGGCUGGUGCAACGAUUUAUAUGCUUGGCUUACAGUCACUCCUUAAAAUAUCCCUUCAUUUCAUGAAUCAGAUUUGCAUUGUCCAUGUGGGCCAAGUAUGUUUUUGUUUGAGUACAGUGAUCCUUAAAUUGGCAUGUUAAGUCUGGCAGCUAGAUUAAUCUGACCUCCUGUGCUGCCGGUAUUGGUCUAGCAACUUGAACCAGUUUUUUUGUUUUUGGUAUAGAACUGAAAUCUGGGCCUUGGUGAAAUCCUAUUAGUUGUCCCUACACACCUUUCACCCAAUGGUUUUGCUAGCAAAAAUGUGGCCUAAACCAUAACCCACCCCUUGUGCUAUGAGAGCGCUCUGCACACUGUCCUCACCACUAGGGUGUUUAAAUGUGCUUGACUUUCCCAGGUGUACACAGAAUAUGCUAGGGUUAAGGCAAACUGUCUUGGGUCUGUUUUGUAUUGUAUCGUAGCCCCCUAGAAGCUAAGGUAUGGAACAAACGCACAAUACCUGCUACACAGACACCUUUUCUCAAUUACACUAAAUUAAUGUUAAAUGUUUUUAUGUAACUCUACGUUUGCUGUUAUAAGCAAAAAUAACUUUUUGUGUGUUCACCAAGCCAGAUUGUAUAUUUGUCUUUGUUCCAGUUAUUGAAUGUAUCUGGAUUCUUAUUUUACCAAAGACCCUUUGAAAGGUAUAAAGGGUUGGACCUGUGAAUGAGUGCCGAUCCAGAUUGUACCGGUGCUCAGAUUCCUUGUAGGCACUUUGUUUUUUCCGAUACACGGCGAGAUGUGUUUCUGGUUCUGCGAGAGAUGAUGGUGCAGGGGAAGAGAACAGUCUUCCCUCUUUCUGAAAGCCAGUUUAAUUUAAAGGCUCAUACUUGAAUAACCUUAUUUCACGGUACUGACCCAAUUAGAGGGGAAAAGCACUAAUGCUGUAUUUGUUUUCUUUAACUUAAAAGUCAUAAGGUUUAUUUAUAUGUUCACUUUUAUUUAUAAAUAUUUAUUUUAAAAUGUUUGUUUUUCUCCUAGUAAAUCACAAACGGAGCUGAAAUUAUUUUAUACAAAAACCAACAAAAUAAACGGAUCUCAAAAAAGAAACAUCUGGCUCUUGGUUUUUAG